GAGGGUGUCUAGGUUGAAGGAACAGGGAAGGGAAGGGAAGGGAAGGGAAUAUAAGUGCGAGAGAGAGAGUGGCGAAGAGAGAACAGAAAAAGUCGGAGUAAGUUAGUUGUCUGCCCAGCUAUCACUGCUCCGUGGGGGGCUCGCCUCCCCGCUCUUUUGGAGGUGUAUUCCAUUCGUGGCUCAGCCAGGGUAUAGGAAGUGGAGGGAGGAGCCGGUACGAUGUGGGGGGAGCGGAAUCACCCCUGGUUAGCGUUGCCACCGCUAUUGUCCGCGCUGUUGCUGCUGUUGCAGGGGCAAGGUUAUAGCUGCCUCGACGAUUCCUUAACGCUGACUGAGGAGCGGAUCAGCCAGUUGUUAGGCAAAGGAAUAUUCAUUAUCCAAAAUGAAGACCUUAUGACAUGCAUCCAAGCAAAUAAAUUUGGAUUGGUCCUAGAGAAUUGUAAACAACCAACUCCAUCUAUGUUAUGGAAAUGGGUUUCCAAACGCCAUUUGUAUAACAUAAACACCAACACAUGCCUAGGAUUAAACCUCAGUGCCCCAGAGCAACCACUGGGUCUCUUUGAAUGUGAUUCUACUCAUUUUUCCAUGUGGUGGCGUUGUUACAGAAAGGCAGUAAUUGGCCCUUAUCAACAUAUGCUAGAGGUAAAGAACAGGAAACUGGUGGUGACUACAAGACAGUCUUCCCAGAAAUGGAUACAGUACAUGUCAGGGGGUGAUAAUGUCUGUGAACAUCCUUUUCAAGAAUUAUACACAGUUAAAGGAAAUUCCCAUGGAAUGCCAUGUGUGUUUCCCUUCCAAUAUAAUGGCCAAUGGCAUUAUGAAUGUACCCGAGAAGGCAGAGAAGAUGGACAGCUGUGGUGUGCCACAACAAGCCGAUAUGAAAAAGAUGAAAAGUGGGGAUUCUGCCCGGAUCCAACUUCCACAGCAAUAAGUUGUGAAGUUUUCUGGGAGAAGGAUCCUAGCAUGCAUAUUUGCUACCAAUUCAAUCUCUUUUCUAUCCUGUCUUGGAGUGAGGCCCAUUCUUCAUGCAAGAUGCAAGGAGGUGAUUUACUAAGUAUCAUGGAUGGUUCAGAAGAAAAUUUUAUAAGACAACAUUUAAGUACUAAAGCAGUUGAUGUGUGGAUAGGUCUGAAUCAACUGGAUGCAACUUCUGGCUGGCAGUGGUCAGAUGGAACUCCGCUCACCUACCUAAACUGGAGUCCAGAUGUAAAAUUUGACCCAUUUCUUGAACAUCACUGUGGAACAUUUAAUUCUUUGAUGACACAGUCCUGGCGAAGUCAUGAAUGUGAAUCAGGGUUGCCUUAUGUAUGUAAAAAAUAUUUGAACCAUACUCAACAUAAAAUAUUUGAUACUUGGAAAUAUUACCCUACCCACUGUGAGCCAGGUUGGAAUCCUUAUAAUCACAAUUGUUACCAGCUUCAGAAAGAAAGAAAACCCUGGAAGACUGCCCUGCAUUCUUGUCAGUCCAGUAACAGUGAACUAAUCAACAUAGCUUCAUUAGCAGAGAUGGAGUUUUUCAUAACACUUCUUAGAGAUGAAAAUGUAUCUGAAACGUGGAUUGGAAUGAGUAGCCCAAGCAAUCCAGUUUUCUUUGAAUGGUCCAAUGGCUCAUCAGUCACUUUUACUAACUGGCACACCCAAGAGCCCAAUAUUUUCCUCAACAGCAGCCAAUUCUGCGUUUCAGCUCAGCAAUCUGAGGGUUGGUGGAAAGUUAAAAACUGUGAAGAAAAAAUUUCAUUUAUUUGUAAAAAAACAGGAUAUGCCCUUUCUGAAAUUAAAUCAUACUGUCAUGAGGGAUGGGAAAGACAUGGUGGAUUUUGUUACAAAAUUGACACAAUCCGUCGAAGUUUUGAACAUGCAUCCAGUGGCUAUUACUGUCCUCCUUCACUUGUAACAGUUACCAACAGGUUUGAACAGGCUUUUAUUACCAGUUUGAUCAGUAGUGUGGUGAAAACGGAGGACAGUUAUUUUUGGAUAGCUCUUCAAGACCAAAAUGUUACUGGAGAAUACACUUGGAAAACAGCAGAGCAAAAGGAUGAGCCAGUACAAUUCACAAACUGGAACAAAUAUCAACCAAGCUACAGUGGAGGCUGUGUAGUUAUUCGGGGAAGGAAUCCCCCUGGUUUCUGGGAAGUCAAAGACUGCAAGAAAUUUAAAGCAAUGUCCCUGUGCAAGCAACCAGUGACAGUACAGAAAGAGACUGAGCAUGAAGAGAGAUGGCCUUUUCAUCCUUGCUUAUUGGGAUGGGAAUCAAAACCCAGUCUCACCAGUUGCUACAAGGUAUUCCAUAGUGAGAAAGUGUUGAUGAAAAGAACAUGGAGAGAAGCUGAAGCAUUUUGUGAGGAUUUUGGAGCACAUCUUGCAAGCUUUUCUCAUAUCGAGGAAGAGAAUUUUGUAAAUGAGCUUUUACUCACAAAAUUUAAUUGGACAGAAGAAAGGCAGUUCUGGAUUGGAUUUAAUAAAAGAAACCCAUUAUCUGAAGGGUCAUGGGAAUGGUCUGAUGGAACUCCAGUUAUCGCUUCAUUUUUAGAAAAUACUUAUUUGGGAGAAGAUGCGAGAAAUUGUGCUGUGUACUUGGCAAACAAAACUUUGUUGCCCCUGAUGUGUGGUUCCAAACGGGAAUGGAUAUGUAAAAUACCAAGAGAUGUUAAGCCAAAGAUCCCAAAUUGGUACAAGCAUGAUGAACCAUGGCUUUUUCAUCAAGGGACUGAAUACCUUUUUCAUAGUGAUCCUUCUGAGUGGAUGAGUUUUGAGUUUGUCUGUGGUUGGCUCCGCAGUGAUAUACUCACCAUUCAUUCUGCACUUGAACAAGAAUUUAUCCACAGCAGAAUAAAAAUGCUAUCAAAGAAUAAUAAAAAUUGGUGGAUUGGCCUCCGUGAAGAAAGACCUAAUGAUGGAUUUCACUGGAGAGAUGGCUCACCAUUAAUAUACCAGAACUGGGAUAAUAAAGGAGAAAGAUCUGUGAAUAAUCAAAGUCAGAGGUGUGGCUUCAUCUCAUCCCAAACAGGACUCUGGAGUAAUGAAGAUUGCUCUGUUCCUAUGUCCAGUAUUUGUAAGCGUAAAAAAAUUUGGGUUAUAGAGAAAGAGAGAGAUGUACCAAAACAAUAUGGAUUAUGUCCCAAAGGAUGGCUGUAUUUUGACUAUAAGCAUUUCAGAGAGCCCACAAAACUCCUCUUUAAUGGUACAAAACAUUCCAAUGGAAAUCCUUUACAAAAGCAACUUGACUAGCAUUCAUCCAGAAAGAAAAGUGUUAAGUGCUUCCUAAUGGAAACACCAAAGGAUCCGAAGUACCAGAGGACUUGGAAGAGUGCUCAGAAUUUCUGUGCUGAAGAGAAUGCAACACUUGCCUCCAUUCAAAAUGAAGUAGAACAAGCUUUCAUUACAAUGAAUCUUUUUGGACAGAAGGUUAACGUUUGGAUAGGUUUGCAGAGUGAUGAUUAUGAAAAAUGGUUAAAUGGAGAGCCUGUAAUAUAUUCUAACUGGUCUCCAGUUGAGAUAAUAAAUAGUAAGAGCCAUAACUCUACAAAUAUUCAAGAACAAGUUCCUCUCUGUGCUUUGUUAUCAAGUAACCCUAAUUUUCAUUUUACUGGAAAAUGGUAUUUAGAAGAUUGUGGGAAAAAAAGUUUUGGAUUUGUCUGUGAAAAAACACAAGAUGCUUCUGGACAUUAUAUAAAUGAAUCCAAUAUGUAUCCUAUUCCAGAAACAUUAGAAUAUGGAAAUAAAACUUAUAAAAUAAUUGGUGCCAAUAUGACCUGGUAUACUGCAUUAAAAGCCUGUAUGGAGAAUGGAGCAGAAUUAGUCAGUAUUACAGACCAAUUUGACCAAUCCUUUCUCACUGUCAUCAUCAACAGACUAGGACAUGCCCACUGGAUUGGACUUUUUACCUCAGACAAUGGUCUUAAUUUUGAGUGGUCAGAUGGUACCAAGCCCUACUUCACUUAUUGGGAAGAAGAAUCAUCAUCAUCUGUGGGUGAUUGUACAUUCGUGGCUAUUAAUGGACGUUGGAGGCGUACAGACUGUGAAACACUUCUGCAAGGAGCAAUCUGUCAUGUAAAGGAAAUAAAACAAUUAGAAUACCCAAAGUUAUGCAGAGAAACAUCGAUCCCCUGGAUAAAAUUUAAAAAUAAUUGCUACAGUUUUUCUACAGUCUUAAACAGCACAAAUUUUGAUACUGCACAGGAGUUUUGCAGAAAGAAAGGAGCUAAUCUUUUAACAAUUAAGGAUGAGGCUGAAAAUGCAUAUCUUCUAAAAGAGCUCUUUGCAUUUAGUUCUUCUAUCCUGAUGAUCUGGUUGAAUGCUCAAUUUGAUAAUAAGAGUGGCACUCCCACAUGGUUUGAUGGUAGUCCCAUUGAACAUUCAAACUGGGGCAUAAGAGAGCCAGAAUCCAAUCUUUUCAAGGCUGAUCUUUGUUUUGCUUUGAGGACCACAGAUGGUGUGUGGCAAUUAUUGCCUUGUAGAGAAAAAAACGGAUUUAUAUGUAAAAUGGAGACAGAUAUUAAUAAUAUGAAAACUGGAGAAGCUCCCAACCACAGCCUUAUCCCUCUUACAGUAGCUGUGAUCUUAGUUACCAUCUUUGGCAUUUCCACAUUCUUCUACUGCCUCUACAAGCAGAAUGGUGGUUUCUUCAGAAGGCUCAUCACUUGGAGUAGUGCUCCUUACACAUCAACAAACUUAAGGUUACCUGUAGAAGAAAGCAUCCUCAUUUCAGAUCUGGAGAGAAAUGAUUAAUAAAAAAUAUCGAAACCAAAGGAUCACAGUGACUAUAUUAAACUUUUUAAAGGAAUGGAUCUUAAGAAGCUCUAGAUUGUAUUUUAUUUUAUAACCUUGAUGUUACAGUAAUAUAAAUUUUAUUUUAAAAAACAACUUAAUCAUUCCCUGCAUAAUGACUAUUUGAAUUACAACCUGUUAGCCUGGUUUUAUUUUAGUGUUUCUGCCAAAAUUUUUUAUAAAGAAAAGGGUAUGUAGGAGAAGGUGAAUAAGAUUAAAUAAUAAUUAUCAUUCAGAAAGGUAAGAAAUAACUAAAAGAAUGUCCACUAGGUAAAGAAACCUCUUAUUUGAGAAGGGCUUAAAAUCCCCUAUUUUCAAAAUUCAUAAAAGUUCACAAGAUUGCCAGGCUAACAGAGUAAUGUUAUUUGCAAUGCAAUACAUUUAUUUCCAUUGAAAUACAAUUAUUGAAUCUGAAAUUUUUAAAUCAGCUUGUGACCACAUGUUCUUUUGUUCACUCCCACCCCACCUCAAACUAAAUAAAUUCAUUAGGAGGAAGAAGAAAACAUGUUUUAGAUAGUUUAUAAAGGUUAAUAAAGUUACCCAGCCAAAUCACUGGUGAUAUUUAUUUAUUUAUGACUAGCUCUAAUAUUUUUCAGAAAAUAGAAGAAGGAACUUCAAAUAGCACAUGAGAGAACAGUGUGGUACACUAGAAACACAGAUUAGCUUGGAACUAAGAAGAUGCAAGUUUCAAUUCUGGCAUAGCCAUUUUGGUGUAGCACACAAGCCUAUGGUUGUGGUCAAUUUACUUCAGGUCUCUGGGCCUUAUUUUAGGGUGUUGGAGUGGAUAAAUGCUAAGAUCCUUUCCAAGGCUCUUGUGGCCUAGAUCCUAAUACUGCUUAUCAUCUGAUAUUUCUGUUUUACAAGCCAACCUUUUUGAAGACAUACAAUGUGACCUGAAACUAUAAGAUUGUGCUUCUCAGUAAGCUGAAUUAAAAAUUCCCAUUAUUCCAAAUCUUUCUACUAUACCACAAUGAGCUUUACUCUUCUAAAUGUAAGCAUAGGUGGCCAUUACCUAUUUGUGACUUAUAAAGAUAAGUGGCUUAAAUUAACCAGAUGGUAAAUAAAGACCAUUUAACAAAAUGUCAUGUGAAGUUAAAGUUCUGUAUUUCUAAGUGGUCUUGGUAAAAAAAAAACUGCUAAUGAAUUAGUCUUCUAGUCAAGAGAUAUUGAAAUAGAACUGUCACAUAUAAUGACACUACUGAUUAAAUAUGUCAUUAGCCAAACAUUUUUUGGAGUAAGAUGAAUUCACCAAUUUCCCAAAGCUCUGUAAUUAGACAUAGAGGGCUACAUUUUUAAGUGUCUAGGCAUAUGGACAGUUAAUGCAAUCCUUCCUACUGCCAAAAUUUCUGAAAUGAGCAAAUCUAUGAAAUAAAGUACUAUAAUUCUAUGCUUUAUAUAGAUGCACACAUUUUCACUUGUAGACAUAUCUACAUUUAAUUUUUAUCUGAAAUAAGCUUUAUAGUUUUCAUAAGUUAUCAAAUACAGCAGGAAAAACCUAUUGAACAAUCUUACUAAGGAACCAUGGAUGCAUUAGCUACUGAAGUACCUUGUUAGAACCUUGAUCUUUUUCAGUCUUAACUCUAGAACUCUAUUAAAUAAUGGAUAGAAUGUGAGGUUUGCUUCUGGAAGAUCUGUUUGAGUUCAGCUUUUGAUGAACCUCGAGCAAAAACUCACUUAUCUUCAUUGGGUCUCAGGCAACACUCUUGGACUUGAUGAGGAUGUCAUUUGCAUUGGUGGACAGAAUCCUGUACUUAGAACUGAUUAACUAAAAAUUAAGACUUUAGAGAAUUAUGAAAGAUGAUUUAAAGAGUCAAUCUACACAUUCUGAAACAUUAAGCUAUUGAACAUUACCUAGAUGGUAGCAUUUAGUUUCUGUCCUAUAUCAUAUAAUUUAAAAUGCUAGAUAAAGCAGGUUGAAAAAUCCCUUUUCAUGUGAGAAGGUAAAUUUGACCUUUUUUGGUCUCAGGGCAGCAGUAUAGAUACUGUUUUCUCAUUUUGAACCUUACAGCAUAAAGUGUCACUUUAAAUAACUAGAAAAAUAUUGUUACCACUCUGCUUUAAUUAAAAUCAUUUCAUAUCAGUAUUAUUUAUAAUGAGUUCAUGGUCAUCUCCUGCAUGAAUUGGAAAUUACAAAUAAAAGAUCUGACUGUUGAACCACAGUAAGACAUAAUAACAUUUUCUUAACCUUUUGCCAAGAAUUUGAGGUUAAAAGAUGAUUUGUGACAUGGAUUGGGAGGGCAGCAUGUUGUACAAAGGACCAUAUGUCUCUCUUCUUAUUCCUAGUUGCCAAAACAGAAGGAAUAUGACUAUUAGAAUUCAUUUCGGAAAUUAAAAAUUUUUUCUUUGAUCAAGUGAGAUUUGUUUCUCUAGAGCUUAAAGAAACUGAAACACUUAGAUGAUCCAGAACAGCCAUAAUUACUUGUGUAAUAAUAAAUCAUUAAUUGAUGAUUUGGUAGACCACAUAAAAUCAACUUAAAAUUUCAUAUUCCUUCAGGCAAUAAUAUUAACAUGAAAUAGUUUCAUGUGAUGUCUCAAGGUUUUUUGAAUUCAACUAAAGAGCACAAAUUUAGGGAGAAGGUGAAUAUUUUAACACUAGUUUAUUCCAUAUGUGUGCACUCUAGGUGUCCCUUUGUGAGUCAUUGCUAUUAUUUCUUGUUGCAUGAAGAUUUUAAGAGACAAGCCAGUAAAUGUUAUACACCACUAAAUCAGUAAUAUGAAUGAUAUAUGGAUAAUGUGUAUUCUCUGAAUGUGACUAUACAUAUAAUUUGCUCAUAUACAGAAAAGGUCUAAUGAAUUCUAAUUGGGAGAAAGAAUUGAAAUUAAAAAAAGCCCUCUUUAAGCCAGUGACCUUCUUUACUAAAAGCUAAUUAACACAAGUACUUGCUGCUUGCAGAGCACUUCUGCUACAAUUUAGAUCAAAUUAAGGGGGGUGGUGGAAAUCAUUUGAGUGGUGUUUUCUUCGAACUCUGAAGAGGCUAUGAUGGACUGCAGUUAACUCAUUUAAAGCAGCAUCAUCCAUUUUUUGUAAUUGCAAGUAGCAGCAACUUUGAAUUUAUUCUUUGGGGUUUUCUUAAACUUACCUAUGAAAUGUUAUCUCUUAUUUAUUUUUUUUUCUAUAUUUCUAUUUGGAAAAGAAAGUGGAAUAUUUUAUUUAAAAGAUAGAAAAUACCCUGAGUUGCUGGAGUUUUUUUUUUUUUUUUUUUUCCCUCCGCUAAGGGAAAAAAGUAUCUUUUUUUUCCCUUAACUACAUAUAGGGAUCCUCAAACUUUUUAAAUAGGGGGCCAGUUCACUGUCCCUCAGACUGUUGCAGGGCCGACUAUAGUAAAAACAAAAACUUUGUUUUGUGGGCCUUUAAAUAAAGAAACUUCAUAGCCCUGGGUGAAGGGGAUAAUCGUCCUCAGCUGCCGCAUCUGGCCUGCAGGCCGUAGUUUGAAGACCCCUGCUAGAGGCAACAUGAGGUAAUGGAUAAAAUGCCAAGUUUGCUUCAGGAAGAUCUUGAUUCAGCUUCUGCUUCUUGUAUAUAUACUAAUCCUGGAAAAGGAAGAUAAUCUCCUAGGAUUUAUUUACAUAGACAAGCUGCCAUCUAUAUUGGUGGAAGUGUUGUGAGUUGGGAUCUUGGUUUAACAGUUAAUUCAGUUUACUUAAUUAACCCUCCACACACACAUUCCUACAAUACUAGCUUACCAGCAAACAAGGAAGUUUUAGUGCUGAUGGAAGGCAAUUUGUUCCUAGGUAGAUUGAUUUGGGACUCAGCUGUAGGCACUUUGGCCAAAAAAAAGUACCUAAAGAGUUUUGGGGACACUGGUGUGGAGUAUAUCUGAAACUCCCCAGGGAGCUUUCAUCAAUGCUGUUUUCUAUUUCCUUUUCCCUAGCUUAUAUCUGUUCUUAUCUUUCCAAACUACUUUUAACCAUCCUGGGAACUGUUUUUAUCAGAAUGACACAUCAGAUGCUGGAAACAUAAUAAAGUGUGACAGAAAGGAAUUCCCAAACUUGAGUUCCCUGUGCUAAUAAAAGCAGUUCUUUCCCAUCAUCAUACUUUUUUCAGGAAAUAAAAAAAUAAUCUUUUAUUUAAUUUAACUUCUUCCUUGUGUCCCCUCUUCAUCUCUGCCUUGUUCCCUGAAAUAGGCAUAAUAUGAAAUAAAAGAGAAGUGCCUAAACCUGAAAUAGGCAUAAUAUGAAAUAAAAGAGAAGUGCCUAAAGUGAAAAUAAAACAAAAUAUUUUGAGGAGGUGAUUUUGGGGGUGGGUAUAUAAAUGAUAUGUUUUUUCCCCUUUGUGAUAGAAUUCCCUAUUGACUAAAAGCAACAAAUAGGUGACAAUGGCUCUGUGAAAUAGUUUAAGUUCCAUAAAAUCUGUCAGUUCAUAUUAUUCUUUUUGGCUCUGUAAGGGGCAGGGAAUUUGGGAGCACAUAGAUUUUAUCUUUAAGUGUUUUUCAGCAAACAUGUAUUGAAUCAACUAUGGAAAUCUAUUAAAGGAUCGACUUUU